UUAGAAAGUGGGCUGAGUACACGUCAUUAUACAUUUUAAAAUGUUACUGCACCAUCCUAAACAUUUCAAAGAAACACACAGCCCAACUAUCUAUAGUGACAAGAUCCUUUGUAGUAAAUGGCUACAGGAAGUGAUGCAAAGUGUUAAUAGCACUCAGUCGCCAGCCAGUAGUAAGCAUGGUGUUAAGAGGCUGGCACCCCACUGUGAUAUUAGAUCUAGCUGUCUGGCAGGUAGCAAGACCACUUAAUUAUUCUUUUUUUCCCCUCUAUUCCACACUUGUUUUCCAAUGCUAAAUGAGUUAGUUGGUGUAGAAACCAGUGUUAGGUUUUUUUACCUUUUGUGAAGCUACCAAGCAGAAAUAGACAAUACAGUGGAAUGUGUAGGUAUUGAUGCCAAAUCUUCAUGUACAUUACAAUCAUUUUAGGAAAGAUAGUGCUGAUAUAAUAGUAAAGCAGUGCACAUCCAGUACACAGGAACCUGACUGUCUGCUUCUGUUUAUGAUAAGACCUAUUGUCUAUGUUGCAGCGUUUGUGGAGUUGUUAGUUUUAUUAUCUGCAAUUAGAAGUCAUGGAGAGAAGGGUUUCUCGUGGUAAAAGUUUGAGACGUUUGUCAAUGAGAAGCAGAAAGAAACCGUUGUCAUUAGAUAUGGUAGCCCUACCACAGCCAAACUUUGAAUUUGAAGAUGUACUAGUUUCACAGUUGCAUGUGGCUGAUGUUGUGAAUAACUGUAGUAUGCCAGACAGUGCAAGUCUUCUUAACUGCUCUACCAGCCCUCAAUUUUAUAACGGACAAGUGACUCAUAAAUGCUACAGUGAUACAACACUGAAUCCAAUUUGGCAUGCUUUCUCAGUGUUGGAUUUGAAAGCAACCGGAAAAGUUCUUCUUGGUCGAUUACUGAACAUGACAAGCUCAUUGACUGACUUACUGGGAGAAGAAUACCAUACAGAUGUUGUAGUUCAAAAACAGUUCUUACAAUAUGCUCAAGUCCCUUUCUUCGAGUACAAGAAAUAUGUCAUGGAAACUGCAACCCAACUCACAAUAGAUGCGGACAAACUAUGCGCUACAUGCUGGUCAUUAUGUAGACAUAGGUAUCUUAACAACCCACUAGUCGACAACCUAGACUCUGUGGUACCUAAUGAACUAGCAGAAGCUUUGUAUUGGUUGUUCUGCAUUUUCAACAAACUCUCAGAACCAAAUACUUAUCCACCAAGCAUGGAUUAUGAAGAGGCAGAGUUAUUGCUACGAAAGUUAUGUGCCAGUCUCGGUAUCCAGUGGCAACAAAAUCACGAUGAUUCGUAUCAUGGCGAUCAAUAUAACGAUAAUUCAAACGACGAAUACGAACCCCUACCACCAUUACAGGUAACAUUCCAGCAGCUGUUAUCGGUGAUUUCGGAUAUGAUCGGUCCCGAAGUAGCGCGUUCCCAUGCAUUCUAUCGUUCAAUGCAGUGGUUAUGUUUGACCGAGUACUCCGAAAUCAUGAAAACGGGUUGGUUGUAUUCGAGGAGACCUGGCGCUGAUAGUUGGAAAAAACGUUGGGCGAUUUUGCGUGGCACCAAACUCACCCUGUACGUCACAGUACUUGGGCAGUACGUCAAAGAACAAAUUUAUUUGACAGGGAAUAUGCAUGUUGAGUCACUACCAAGCAUCAAUUCACACAAGCAACGCUUCCGCAUUGUUGAAAAGGAAGGAGACUAUAAUAUUACCAGCGAAUAUGAACUAGCCACUGCAGAUGGUUAUGGUGCCCACGCGUGGAUAUCACUUAUCGACGUGGCUAUCAAAAUAUUCGACACAGGUAUGUCCCCGAAAAUGAGUGAGGUGUGUGAACGAAGGAACGAGAGAUUUCAAAGAAGAGAAAGCGCAAAAGAAGUUUGGACAAAGAAGAGAGAUGUUUUGGAAACUUACUCGAGGCUCGUAGAAGCGAAAAAGGCUCGAUCGCACAUUGAACAAGGUUUAGGGGAGAGAGCAAAACAACGCGAGGCGCAGAUGUCCAUGUUGAUUAGAAUGGACAGAAUUUAUGAAAGCCUUGAAUCAAUACAACUCAAACGCCGGCACGCAAACAGACAAGCGAGGGAAAAUAAACUUAUGCAGCUAUAUUUACAUUACCACAACAAUAUGAGCGAAGCCAGUGACGCAAGCAGUGACGUCACUACUUCUUCUGAUCAGCAAUUUCUGGAGGAAGAAAGGGAGCUUGAACAGCGACUUCAGGAAUUGAAAGUUUCUCCCGAUGCUUCAUUUUGUUCCACCAAACCGCAGGUUACGAUACAGCGACCUUCGACUUCCGAAUAUUCUUUCGAGCUUUUCUCCUCGUCAGAAACCACAUCCACUGCAUCCGAUAUGUCGCUACUCAUGCUCCCGGAUUCUACGUCACUCAGAUGACGUCAUCCACUCCACGUGAUGGACCAGUGCAUUAAGAUUCUCCAUCGCAGCGUCGAACUGCAGGAUCCAACCAAAUAUCGGCAUUCCACGGUCAUUAUAUCAUUGUUUUUCGCCAACCUAAUAUUACAGAGCCUUUCCCUUAUUCCGAAUUUAUUUAUUCCUCACUGUGUUUAUUUUCUACGCCACAAUAAAGCCAAGCAGUUUUGCUUAAACACGACAUUU